UUUCAAUGUGAGUGACAUUAAGAAUGAAGAAGAAGACCGCAGAAUUUAUGAUUUUUUUUUUCAAGAAGUUCAAUUGCAUAAAAACGUCGUAGAUUGCAAUAUAACAGGAUUACGAAAAUCAGCUAUAGAAAAUGGAUAUGGUAGUUCAGGAUCCCAAAAACAUACCGUUGGAAUUGGCAGGAGCCGGGCAGCCGGAAAAAUGUGUCAAGUGUGAAGCAGAUCUCCAAAAGUGGUUGCGUUCCGAGGCGUACUAUGAUUUGAUUGGCUUCAUCAAUGGAAUAAGUACGGCCAUCCAGGGAAAAAAAAUCUCAGAUGAUUUAUACAUUUCACCGCAAAUGGAAAAGUUAUUGGGGAUAUUUGAGAAACUUAACAGUAUGGUUGAUGAGACUCCACCUACUGAUCAACCGCAACGUUUUGGAAAUAAAGCUUUCCGCACAUGGUCACGUAAAAUGAAUCAUGAAAUAUUUCUCAUACUUCAAAGCUGUAUACCGAGCGAAAAGUGCACUCUUGUAACAGAAUUGGGGUUUUAUCUUUCGGAAUCGUUCGGAAAUUCAGUCCGCAUCGACUAUGGCACAGGCCAUGAACUCUCAUUUAUUUUCUUUAUGUGUUCCUUGUUCAAAGGUGGUAUAUUAGAGGAAAAAGACAAUGUUUCCUGUGCUCUGCGUCUAUUCAACACGUAUUUGAUAUUUGUGCGACGUCUUCAAAAAACCUAUAGAAUGGAGCCUGCUGGUAGUCAGGGUGUGUGGUCAUUAGAUGACUAUCAAUUUGUACCAUUUAUUUGGGGCAGUGCCCAACUUGCAUGUAAGAGCCCAAUAACCCCAGAAAAGUUUUUGGACGAUGAAGUUAUAAAUGCAAUGAAAAAUGAUUACAUGUUCAUUGCCUGCAUAGAUUUUAUAAAACAGGUGAAAACGGGUCAUUUCGCAGAACACUCAUAUCAGCUGUGGAGCAUAUCCGCAGUUCCUUCUUGGGCCAAAAUAAACUCUGGACUUGUUAAAAUGUAUCAGAAAGAAAUUUUGUCGAAAUUCCCUAUAAUGCAGCACGUUCUAUUUGGAAACUUAAUGACGUUUAACCCUGUCAAACCUGGAACUACAAUAUCAAGUGCACGAUUGGGAUUUAUACAACCUGCACCCCCACCCAACAAGAUGGUCGCAACGAAUAGCCUUGUUUCAGAAAAUGCAGUAGUCGAAGACAAAAAGGUUGAAUGAAUUUCAUUACUAUGUUAUGUAUAAAAUUGGACAAGGCCCAAGUUAAAAUUCUUCAACACAAUGAUUCGAUGGUUACUUUAAAACUUGUAAUACGAAUUACAGAUUUGAAAACUUUGGUACUAAUAUUAGCUGUAUGUAUUCACAAUAUCUUAAUAUAUACAUCAAUACAAUUUUA